AUGGUUGUUUCACCGCAAAGUCCUGCCAGCGAGACCCAAAGCGUUCAAGCUAAAAAAAUCAAUAUGGCCUCGAAACAAACAUCAGUUGCAGACACAAGAGCUGAACUGGCGGAAUUGGUGAAAAGAAAGGCGGAAGUUGCUGAAACAUUGGCUAACUUGGAAAGACAAAUUUACGCAUUUGAAGGUUCUUAUUUGGAAGAUACACAACUAUAUGGUAAUAUCAUUAGAGGCUGGGAUAGAUAUCUGGCCACAAAUAAAAGUACAAACUCUAAGGCUGAUAAAAGAAAUAGAAAAUUCAAAGAGGCUGAAAGAUUAUUCUCAAAGUCUUCCAUUACUUCCAUGGCGGCUGUAAGUGGACUUGUUGAUCCUGCUGAAGCCAAAAAUGAAAGAAAUAGUGAAACAGAAUCUCAGACAAAUGAAGAUUCAUCUGAUACACAAUUGAGUGGAGUUAAUAUUGGUAACUUAAAUCAUACAACAAUACAUGGCUCCACUGAAAGUAUUGCAUCCAAACCAUCGGGAAAACAACACACUAAUGGCGGAAUCGAGAAAAGCCUAAAUAGUUCAAUCACAAAACAGAGUAUUACUCAGAAAAUUGCUUCAUCGAGUAGCGUGUUACAAAAGGCAUUUGGAAGUGAAAGCAAGAUGUUAUCUGCCGUUGGCCUGGAUAGUAGACCUGGGACACCAAAAGAUAAAGACAUCGGCUUAAUGAACAAAGGCGACACAACUCCAAACUCAUUGAAACAUAAAUUGUCAAACAGCAGUAACAAUAGUAAUAUUAAGAAGAAUAACAACAAAAAGGCCAGGCAUAGAUAA